AUGACAAUCAAUGAGCUUGCUGUGGGGACUUUGCUCAAGAAAGGAGGCUUUAUUGACACAGUUAUGUCUAUAGACAUUGAGAUACAGAGCUGGCGGGCAGAACUGGACAGACCCAUAGAAAAUGGUGGCCUCGGUGUCCUGGGUGUUGAAGGGGUCAACGGGACGUUUACGUCACGUGACCAGUUGAUUCAGGUCGUCACGAGCAUCAUUUACACGUGCAGUGCAGGUCACGCGGCUGUGAACUUCAAGCAGUAUGAUGAGUACGCCUUUCCGAUUAACUACCCAUCAAAACUGCGAGGAAAACCGCCUAGCGACAAAAGAAGUCUUUCUGAACGCGACGUGCUGCAAGCCAUUCAAGAUCGCUCUGACCAGUACCAACUUCUGACGAUAGCAAAAAUUCUCAGCGAGCAUUCUUUCGGGAAGGCGUUGAGAAAAUUUGAAAUAAAUUACAUCUGCGAGCCGAAAGCGUUGGAAAUUAGAGAUUAUUCUAUACGUGAAAUUCUUGGAGUUAUGGCCAUACGACAUGGAAAAAUAACAAGCGAACGAUCAAUGUUUCGAGUCUUGAGACGUUACCGCCUGACUAGAGGCCAAAGUCAGCACAGUCUCGAAGAAAUUAUUCAAGGAAUAUUGCUUGAGUUAUCAGCUUCCGGUGAAAAUGCUGGUUACCGGCAAAUGCGUCAAAGACUCCUGAUUAAUCAUGGACUUGCAGCUACGUUUGAGAUGGUUCGUCUAAUUUUAGGACUCAUUGAUCCACAAGGUGUUGCAUUAAUGCAGGCGGGAAGGUUAAGGCGGAGAAUUUAUAUAAACAAUGGUCCCAAUUUUGCAAUCCAUUUUGACAAAUUGAAGCCAUACGGUUUGUCAAUCCAUGGAGCUGUGGAUGGAUUUUCCCGUAGAGUGUUGUGGCUGAAAUGUUGUGAUUCUAACAAAAAGCCGAUGUACAUAUCUAGCUUUUAUUUAGACUGCAUUAGGGAAAUUAAUGGCAUUCCAGUUCAGGUUUACGGUGACGGCGGUACUGAAAAUUCUAUUGUCCGUGAUGCGCAAAUGGCAUUACGAUGGACAGACGCAGAUCAGUACCAGGGGAUCCUAAGCUUCGUCUAUGUUUCAUCUAACAGAAAUGUCAGAAUUGAGAGGUUUUGGCGAAGUCUUAGAGAAAUGUGUGGAAAUGUCUGGAUGAACCAUUUUAAAGAUAUGAGUGAUUUCGGAUUACUGGACACAUCUGAUAGUGUGCACUUAGAAUGCAUUAGAUACAGUUUUCUUCCUGUCAUAAGUAAAGACCUGAAUGAAGUUUGCAAUAUUUGGAAUACUCAUCGUGUUCGUCGAAAUAACCGAAUUUCAUGUCCUGCAGGAAAACCUGAGGUGUUGUUCUUUCAGCCAGAAGUGUAUAGUGCAAGAGAUUGUAAAAUAUCACUGGUUGACAAUAGGGAAUUACAUGAUGUGGAACGGGAGUAUUCUCAACGCCCUCCAGAACUUGGUGUAUCACAAGAGUUCCUGACUAUUGCAAGAGCAGCUGUCGAAGAUUUGAAUCUUCAAUACCAACCUAGAAACAGAGAAGAGGGAACAAAGCUUUUUGCUGCAAUAACCAUUAACAUUGAACGCCUCGUUUAA